AUGGACGUGGACGAUACCUGCGAGGGUUUAUUUGAUUUGGGGAGCCUGUGGGACACUACAAUUGACGACAUUACUCUUUCGCAAGCAACUGAGCAGAUAGAGAAGGAGAUUGAGUGCGAAAAUUUGCCAGAGAACAUCACCUUAUCUCAGUCAAUCACCUUGUACAACCCCAGACCCGAUGACAUGGAAUUGGACUACGCGGUUGAUUUUGAUCUGCUCGCAAAAAAGGAGGAAGGAUCUAAGAUGCCGGUGGGUCGUUAUGAUCAUUUUGUAAAUGACAGUGAUUUAAAAGAGUUGCUUAAUUCAACAGAGAGCAAGAACACAAAUUGGUCGGUAACUACUUUUAACGACUGGCGCUCCGCUCGGAUGUUGACAACAGGCGACCAGAUUUCGGAUAUUCUGUCGUUCUCUGCAGAGGAACUUAAUUUUUGGUUGUGA